CGUUUCGUCGAGACAAAUAGGCAUCGCUUUAGGAUGCUGAACAAGGUACUGCUGUCGCAUCAGGACCAGAAGUCUGAAUGGGAUGGGGACGAUAAAAGAGAUGUAAAUGGAGAAGCAGAAGUGUCAAGAAGAAAAUCAGGACAUCUGCACGGCUGCAAACCGGAUUUGCGUUAAAAGGCAAACAACAACAUCCCACCACUUUCCUCUAAUGCAAUCCAUAACUGACAAUUAAUGUCAAGCAGCACAUCGGUGCAGCAUUAUGCUGCCUUGCUGGAAGGAACACUGCUAAUGGAAAGAAAACCUUAUAAGAUUCAAUGCAUUAAAUACAUAUAAAUGCAGCAGAAUGCCUUCAAAAGUCUCAUGCUUGUAUGUGUUGACAGUCGUUUGCUGGGCAAGUGCUCUUUGGUACUUGGGUAUAUCCCGCCCGACAUCCUCCUAUGUCAGUGGGCAGAUGUCUUUGCCGAUCCGGAAGACUGUGAAAACCCUUAAGAACACUACGUUCAGCAACAUCCGGACGCGAACGCUGAACCCACACGCCUUCGACUUUGUCAUCAACGAGCCUAAGAAAUGUGAGAGCAACACGCCCUUCCUGGUCAUCCUGAUCAGCACCACACACAAAGACUUUGAUGCUCGUCAGGCCAUCCGGGAGACCUGGGGCGAUGAGAGCACCUACAGUGACAUCCGCAUCAUCACCCUCUUCCUGCUGGGCCGCAACACGGACGCCGUCCUCAACCAGAUGGUGGAACAGGAGAGCCAGAUCUUCCACGACAUUGUGGUGGAGGACUUCAUAGACUCGUACCACAACCUCACCCUCAAGACCCUGAUGGGCAUGCGCUGGGUGGCCACCUUCUGCUCCCAGGCCCAGUACGUCAUGAAGACGGACAGUGACAUCUUCGUCAACAUGGACAAUCUGGUCUACAAGCUUCUGAAGCCCACCACCAAGCCCAAGAGGAGGUACUUCACGGGCUACGUCAUCAACGGUGGUCCCAUCAGAGACAUGCGCAGUAAGUGGUACAUGCCCAGAGACCUGUACCCCGAGGCUAAGUACCCCCCGUUCUGCUCGGGCACGGGGUACGUGUUCUCAGUGGACGUGGCUGAGCUGAUCUAUAAGACCUCUCUGCACACCAGACUGCUCCACCUGGAGGACGUGUACGUGGGACUGUGUCUGAGGAAGCUGGGCAUCCACCCCUAUCAGAACAGUGGCUUCAAUCACUGGAAAAUGGCCUACAGCCUGUGCAGGUACCGUCGUGUUAUCACUGUCCAUCAGAUCUCACCGGAAGAAAUGCACCGAAUCUGGAACGACAUGUCUAGCAAGAAACACCUCAGAUGCUAGUGGCACCUGAGGACAACUCAACUUGGACUCUUCUUCAUUUUCUGACAGCAUUAGCUCUCUGUGGGCUACUAGCAUACUACUGGAUCCACUCUGUAGCUGUUGGGUGCAUGAAGCUUAUGAAGCGCAUGUUCUCAUUCAAACACACACUAAAAUAGUCUUGUUGCAAGUCAUUUUGUAAUCUGUCUAGAAUUCCAACUAUAGACUUCACAAACUCAUUUUGAUGAACAUUUACUCUCUAAUGUACAUUUUUUAAAGUAACAUUUACAAGUGAAACCAGAGAGUUAUUAUUGAAAGAAAAAAAACGAUUUAUUUGUCAGUGUAAAUCUCUAUUACUUUAUUUCAAGUUGUCAUGCUGUUUUGGGGGAUGCCGGUAUUUCAUACAGCGGGACAAAGCCUCACCCACAUCAUGUCUCAUCCCUCCUACCAAUCUUAUGGCUGGUCAACUACUGUACACACAAUAAUACAUACAAUUUGAAAUGGCAAAUAACGCUGCAACAAUGACAACAAACAUAGACCGAGUGUGAAUGUUGUUGGUUGUUUUCAUUAUUGUUGCCAUUUAUUAAGAAAUGAAGACAUCUAUGCUGGAUGGUAUUCAACACUGUCGGUAGUGGUGUUCACUACUGCAGUGUUCAAAACUACAUGUGUGGGUAAAACAGAUGCUGUACAUUUUUAUUUGCCUGGGUAUUUUUGGUUUAAAUAUCGGUGUAAAUGUAGGCUAACUGCCACUUCUUCGGGAAAGAAACAUUGAUGUAAUUUAUAUCUUUUUUUACUCUAUUUUUUUUUAAAGUACUUUAAGUAAUUAAUAGUGUCAUGCUACAGGCUUCUGAUAAAACUGGCUUCUAUUACUUUAUACUGUACGUAGAGAGUUGAUUCAUUAACAAUUCAUUACCGCUACCAAGUCUCAACAGGCAUAAUUAUCAUCUUGUGCAAGUGACAAUUUACAUAGCAACAACUAUCUACAUUCACAAAUGAAUGUAUUAUCAUGUCUAUUUGGCAUAUCUUUAAUGAAGCACUGCUUUUGAAGUAAUGUGAAAUAAUUAUAUUUUCUAGAACUUGGAUGGCUGUUAUGGUCCAAAUGUAAUUCAAGUAUUUUUUUUAAAGUCUAGUACUAUACUGAACAAAAAUAUAAAUGCAACAUGCAACAAUUUCUCUGAUUUUUCUGAGAAACAGUUCAUAUAAGGAAAUCAGUCAAUUG